AUGUUCCCGCCCGAAAUCGGUGGUGUUGAUGAAUAUAGUAGCUAUGUCGACGAUGAUCACUACGCCUACCAGUGUGAUCACUAUGGCCACAGUGACAUCAUCAACGUUGCAUCAUCAUCAUCAUCACCAUCCUCCUCUUCCUACCAAUAUUUCACUUUCACUACCACUGCUACAGAUGAUGAUGAUGAUGAGGCCGGGUUCUGGAACGAAUUGGGCCCACUCCUUCCUGAGCCUGAGCCUGAGCCUGAGCCUUCCAUUCAGCCUCGCAGCAACAACACCUCAACCCACCACUCCCCUGCUCUACUUGUGCCUACGGGAGACAAGGCGGCGACGGCUACUAACGCGCUGACGAGGGAAUCGGUGUCCAAAUAUUUCUACAUGCCCAUAACGCAGGCGGCGAGGGAGCUCAACGUGGGGCUGACGCUGCUCAAGAAGAGAUGCAGGGAGCUGGGCCUCAAGCGGUGGCCCCACCGCAAGCUCAUGAGCCUCCAGACCCUCAUCUCCAAUGUUCGCCACCUACAAGCCGAUGACGACGACAGCGACAGCAGCAGAUCCGCGAGAUUGAAGGAAGCCAUAAGGGUCCUGGAGAAGGAGCAGAAGCUACUCGAAGAGUGUCCCGACCUGCAGCUCCAGAGGAAAACCAAGAGGCUCAGGCAAGCUUGCUUCAAGGCCAAUUACAAGAACAAGAAGAAGCGGACCCAACACUACUUUGAUCAUGCCACUAGUAGUAAUCCAUCCCCACCUGCUCAUACUGCUCCUCCUGCAACUGCAACUAGUACUACCACCACAUUCGCUGCUCAAGCCCAAGAAGAUGACGAUGAACAAGGGGAUGAGGAAAUCAAAUCGCUGUUGCUCCCUGUGCUUCAUCACGAUCAUCAUUACCAUGCUCCUAACUUUGGCUUCUGA